AGUGUUCAGCAGCACCACACAGAUGCGUUUCUCUCUCCGAGGGCACAAUGUCGCACACAGGAGUUUUGCAUCCGUCUAGGAACAUCCACAGUUUGGAUGUGAAGACAAAAGCGGAAUAUAAUGGCUAGUGAUUUGAAGCCUCGGUUGUGUGUGAUGAAGAAAGGAGAGAGCGGAUACGGGUUUCAUCUGCACGGAGAGAAAGGAAAAACCGGACAGUACAUACGGAAAGUGGAGCGCGCGUCCCCGGCUGAGGCAUCGGGACUGCGCGCGGGUGACCGUGUGGUGGAGGUGAACGGCGAGAACGUGGAGCGAGAGACACACCAUCAGGUGGUGCAGCGCAUCAAAGCCGUGGAUCAUGAGACCCGACUGCUGGUGGUUGACCGGGAGACCGACGAGUACUUCCGAAGCCUGCGUCUCACCUGCACCGAGGACAUGGCCAUCCCGACCAGCCCUGCAGCCGCGACCCCCUCACCCUCUCCGUCCACCAGUAAACAGGGCAAUGGAUCCGUGUCCAAACGAAGCGAGAUCUCCAAACCCAUCAGGAAACCUCCGUCACGAGCUCCUAAGAAGGAGGUUCAGCCCUCACCGGAGUCCUCGACACGGGAUCCAUCUGAGCUUGUACCGAGACUGUGCUUCCUGGUUCGGACUGAGGCGGGUUACGGCUUUAAUCUGCACAGUGAGAAGUCCAGGCCGGGUCAGUACAUACGGGCUCUGGACCCCGGGUCGCCCGCUGACCGCGCUGGACUCAAACCGCAGGACAGACUCAUAGAGGUGAAUGGAGUGAACAUUGAAAACAUGAGACAUGCUGAAGUUGUGGCCUUCAUCAAGAACGGUGGUAACGAGACGCGUUUGCUAGUGGUGGAUCCAGAUACAGAUGAGCAUUUCAAGAAGAUGGACAUCACCCCCACCACCAUCCAUGUCAAAGAUUUUGACGAGUCCAUAACUAACGGCUCCUCCAGCCCACACGUGAACGGGACGUCUUCGCGAUCCACAUACUCAGACGGCAGCAGUCAGGACACAAACAUACAGUUCUCGAGGGAGAGCAGCAGUCAUCAUCUCGACCCGUUUGAAGAAACAGGUCUGUGUUUGAGCCCCACGGCGGCGGAGGCUAAAGAGAAAGCGCACGCCAAGCGCGCCAGAAAGAGAGCGCCACAGAUGGACUGGAACAAGAAGCACGAGAUUUUCAGCAAUUUCUGAAUCUUCUUCCCAGAACCCAGUGAACCCCAAGACCCCC